GGUGAUUAGAGGGAGGGUGCUGGUGGAACCCCUGGCAGACGGAGUCGCAGAGAGUCGCAUGGAGGUGUGAUCUCUCUGCCGCUCCCGCUUCCUCUUCCUCCUCCGUCCUUCUCUUCUUCUCUCCCCAUUCCAUCCCCCAGCCAUCUCUCUUCCAUCUCCUCCCGGCUGGUCGCCUGUCAUUUUCACCCCUUGCUCCCUUUCCUUUGUGUGUUUUGUAUGUCCCUGCCAAUGACGGGUCCGAUCUAGUUCCCCCUGUCGCCAUACAGCGGAGCAAUGGAGUUCAGAAGCAACCCUUGGAUGUGAUCCACCCCUUCUUCAGUUCCCUGCUUCCCCCAUUGCCUGUCGCAUUAACUGGCAGUGUCAGGAUUCAGUUGCUUCUUGCUCUCCGAUCUCCUACACACUGACGAAUCGCCAAUUCUCCUUGUCUAUUUCCUUGUUCUUUCCCCAGCCUAGGGACUGGUCAACACCACGCGCCUUGUCGCUCACGCGCGAGCCCAAUCCUAAGGCUAUCCAACUGACCAUUUCUUUUCUUUCUUUUCUCCUUUUUCUUUAUUUUUCUUUCUUUAUUUCUUCUCUUCAUCGCACCUUCUUUUUAUCUGUUCAUUUCGCGCCAGCUCUGGAAGUGCCCAAGAAACGCUCCGCAUCAUUCUAUUGAACCCGGCGCGCCUCCCUCGAUUUGCCUCGCUGAUCUCAGGACUUACUUGCGGUGUUAGCUACGAGGGCGAAAUAUAAUGCUGGUAUAGUGCGCGCAUUGAGUUACUCCAAGGAAAUAAAGUGCGACAGCCCAAACCAUCGAUCUUUGCUUGAUCAAACCUCCCGACUACGACGUCAAGCAACAUCGCAAUUCACCAUGGCAUUUCGACACCAGGGUUCGCGCACCCUACCAAAGAACUUCACGUUCUCAUCGGCACAUGCAAGAGACCCUAGGACUCCCGAGCGCCCUUCUAUCCCGCUGGACUUUCCGCCGCCGCCGCCGCCGCGCCAUUCCAGUGCCCGCCUGUCCAGAUCGCGAGUGCGCCAGGGGACCGAACUCCUGUUCAGCGCAAGAACCGUUCAUGAAAGUUCCAAUUCUACCUUUGCUGAUAUUCCGCUGCCUUCGAUUGAAGUACCCCCUCAGCGCGACGCCCCUAUGGCCCGGUCGUACACAAGCAUGACCCCUAUCGACGAUGACCGUUUCCUGGCACCUCCGCGUGGGCGCCAGGCCUUUCGCACUCCUCCUGCUCAGAUUCGCCCGAUGUCUGUGGAUUCCAGAGAUAUAUGGCAUCACCAAAGUUUUGGGAGCCCUGUCCGACGCCGUGGAUCGGUGUGCUCGAAUGCCUCCGACUCAUCCGUCUCGUCAAUCGAAACCUUUGCAUCGGCGCAAUCUGUGGGUGACAGCUGUACGAGUCCAGAUAGCGAUAUACAUGACCCCUUCUUCUAUCCCGAUCGUCACAGGAAGCAGAUUUCAGAACCACCGCCUCCGACGCCGUUGCCUAGGAGGCGACCUUUCAAGGCUCUACUACAGAGGGAACGCUGGACUCCAGAAAUGGACAAUCAUUUGUGGAAUACCUACCAGCUUUAUUUACAGGAUCCGACUAUCACCCCUUUCAAGAUGACGCCCGGUAGUAUUCCUCCACUUGGAGUCACCCACAGAGUCGCGCGCCAAGCAAAGAAAUCCUGGGAGAAGAGAAGGCCCAAAACCAGCAGAGCCUGUCUAUGUGAAUCGAAGGCCGAGCUGAAGGAGCCAAUAGAUGUGUGUCGCUGCGCCACGCCAACACCGACAACUAACCCACCAAAGCCUCAUUGGCCUAAUUCCUAUGCCUCGACCAGGAGAAGACUCAAACUUCUUUGCAAGCGCAAGUUCUCUAUCGCUCCUCAUUACCAGAGGAUGCUGCAAUCCCGCAGUCCGUCGCCGUUUCUCGACGUAUUCUCACGUCCUUACCACGAGGUGCCCUAUGCUGAUAGCUGCAAUUCAACGGCCUACGCGACACGCGACCUCGGGGUUUCCCUGGUGUCGAGCAUGGUACCGGGGACGCUGUCGCAACUCGCAACAGAAAGCUUACCAAGCGAUGACUGGUUUAAUACCCCCGUGCAAAAUGCUCCACAUGACGCUGUUGUCGAGUCUGUACCGAAGGACUCUGUUGCUCUAGGUGACGCUGACUCUAUUCCUCGCCUUGGAUCACCAUUCAUCUACCGUACAUGGGGUCCUGGAAGUUCCAAGCGCAAAGUAGAGCAGCAACUGCCUAGACCGAGAAGAGGCACUAUCCAUAUAACUGGGUCACGGCUGCAGUCUCCGCGAAUAGGUAUAUAUGCUGAUACAAGCAGUGAGUUUACCGAGGAUCGUCUCCAUGCAGAGGUUGGCCCCGGCAAAAACAAUGACGCACAGCCUCCCUUGGAAGAAAUUCUCCGUCAGGGAAAAUUCGACGGCGUUGGACAGGGUUGCGUGCGCAUUCGAAACCGCGGAGCUACGACAAGCUCAGUCAAAAGCCUGGAUCAAAUUUUCUCUCCACCCCCACCCUGCCCUAUAGCCGAAAAGUCCACCAGUGCCCCAGUAUGGAACAUAAGGGGCGAAAACAUCAAAAGACUUGGCUCUCCCUUUCAAGUAGAGGGAACACCCCGUUCCGAGUCGUCGGGGAGAUUCAUCAGACACGCACCUUCGCUUUCUGAACCUUUUGCAGGCCUGUCCGCCAAUUUAAUGACAAAUAGGGAGCCGAUUCAACCGCAAGACCGAGAAGCGAUGAGUGCACUCCCGUACGACCCGACAGAGGAGGGUAUAUCGGAGGCAGAGCGAAUACGCCGACAGGUGCUGAAUAUGCCUUAUACCCGUAAAUAAGCAUAGUAACUGGGAGUACGGAGCACUUUAUUCAUUUUCUUGUGGCCUUGAAAUCUGUUUUCAGCAAUGGGUGCCAAUUUAUUUUCGUUCGCAUUUUCAUUUGAUAACGACCUGAACGACUCGCAUCCCAGCCUGAAAUAUUACUUUUGACGACAGAUACGGUGUGAUGACUCUCUAACGACAUGACCCGACGACUCUUUGUUCCUCUUUCUUCGCUUCUGGUGAUGAACAAAAACAAAAUUCUAAAAAGGAAACAAAAAAAAAAAAGUUGAGAAUAUCCUUAACCUGCCAUUCAUCGAUAUGGUCAAGUCUAUUUGCGUGAGAAGAUUAUACAUCUGCUACUCCCUUGAUUGCCUUCCAAUACGGUGCUUCAAUCGGGGUGACAUCUGCGAGCUUGACUUGGCCAUUCAGCAUUGGACAGAUGAUAUGAUGACGCCUGAACGGUCGUCGUUGAGCAUUUUGCCUACCCAUUACAUUCUUUGGUCCUUUUUCUUUAUUUAUUCUUGGCCGCUCGAGAUAUCAGCUACCUCGGACAAACCCUACGGUCCUUGACAAUUCUUGAUCGACGCUGCCAAGACUCUAUACUUAUUCUUCGAGUAUAUUCCGUCCGACAUACGUUCUUUUUUUUUUUUUUUUUUUUUUUUCUUCAAUUUCAAUCUUCCGGUCCAUCUUUUUGCAGCGAUAAAUGACUGACAAGCAGCAAAACGGACAUAUAUCAACACUCAUUUACCUUUUCCUACAUUACUUAUUCUCCCCUCUGGAUUUCCUUUCUCUCCCCCCAAGUUUGCUCACUAUAUUCAUAUCAUCUCGUCUUGACCCCUGGUUGCCAUGCCUUGCAACAUGCAUAUGUAUACACAUAUACACCUGGCCUUAUCUAUCAAUCCUGCCCUGCACUCUACGUGGACAUGCUGAAAUGAAUGACCCAUAGAUGAGGUGAAUGACAUACAGGAAGUACAUGCUAUGAUUUAUGCGUGAGCAUUUUUUGCGAUUUUGAUUUUCAAGGAACUCGUUGAUUUAUUGUUUUCCUCUGGAUUGUUUUGAAUUAUCUGACCUGUUACCUUCCUUCUUUCUUUUUGUGGCUAAAAGAAAACAUUUGACCAUUCCUUUCAAAUUUUCACAUUUAAAUAUUGCAUUUUACUAGCCGUACAAUUGGCAAAUGCCGGAGUCGGGCCGCUCGUCGAUUACGCCAAGUUAUCUUAGAGCUAGCGAGGGAUCGCAAUUCUAGGUCUCCUUCCUCCCAUACCUAGUCUUUAACUAUCGAAUGCCUAUCAACUACCUAGGUACAGCAGUAUGUCCGGUUUCAGUCGAUGGCCCCAAUAGGGCUGGCCCGUUUCAUCCGAUGCUCCCAAUAUACAACCUCCCUAAUGCUAGUCCUGGCGGUAUUAUCGUGGAGGCGGAGACGAGAGGGAGAACCGAGGUCCUCCAGUCUGCAAUUCUGCGAUCUGAAUUCUGUGAGUUAUCGACCGAUGUACUGUAUCCGCAUUUGGGAAACGUCUCGUACUUGAAGCCGAUGUAUGUAUGAGAAUCUAUCAGAUUUAAGGGAUGAAGGGGCGCGGAAUGGUGCCAAAGUGGAGAUCUACUAGCGCCAGUUAAUGUUAAUUAUCCAAGCCCCACUGCGGGGUAAUGACCCAUACUUCAACCAAGACUGGUUUAGUUUGCCUGCGAGCAUCUGGUUAAUUAUAUCCUCAAGUCAAGCCUUAGGAUUUCCCCUAAUGAGGGAGCAUCAACUGUGAUUGAGCUUGGCGCAAGGUAGUGGGAAUAUCCAGACGGGAUGUUAUUGAAAUCUAUUGCUUGGCCCUAAUGAACAGAUACAGCAAGAUAUACAUCAAAAGAAGAUGGAUGGGACAUAAGAAACAAGUGAAGGGGGGGGUAUACAAAUCAAUCAUAAUGAACGCAUGCCAGAAUAAAAACAGCCACCGUU